AUGUUACUGCCAACAUUAUUGAUACUAUCAAUUAUCUCUUCACUGACAAUCGCAGAAAAGAAUCUCGUCUAUGCCUGUGAAUCUCUUAUAUGUGAUCCGCCAAAAAUGUGCAUUUUGCAGGAUCAGGUAGCACAGUGCUUGCUCGUUCUCGCACCGACACCAAGGGCUCGUAGUGACGCUGGUACGGAAAACUCUACACCCUUCAUAACAUCACCACCACUGACACAGCCAUCGACUGCACCUGUAUUUGGGGGAUUUCCUCCGGCGCUUCCUUCCGGCACUACUGUUCCACAGCCUUCUGCGACUACAACUCCGCCAUCACCUUUGGCUCCGUUGCUAAGCCUCCUGAGCGGAGGCGCACCAUCGCCUUUCACUCUACCCACGCCUCCUCCGCCACCGACUACUACAACCGUACCACCUAUAGAUAUUUGCAGUUUGCCUCCAUUGACGGGCACCUGCCGUCAUGCUAGGAUAAUGUGGUACUAUGACAACGAAACAGGAAUGUGUGAGCGAUUCAGGUUUUUCUUUUCUUGA